UGAAUCCCCGAGGCGAACCGCACGUGACGAUGGGCGGCUGGGCAGCUGUGCUUCUGCUGGCGAUGGUGGGCGGGGCGCUGGCUGCACCCCCCGCGCCCACGGCCACCAAGCGCUCGGCCGAGGACAUCCAGUUCGGCAACCAGCAGAAUCCGCCCGUCAGUCUGCUGGACGACAGCGCCCUCCCGGGGGCCUUCCCGUCCAGCGAGACCAGUGAAGAGGCCCGCCCGCCGAAGGAGCCUGCGGAGGCGCCCGAGGAGGCCGCGCCGAGGGAGCAGCCGGCGGAGGCGAAGGACGUGCCCCGCCGCGAGCCGAUGGAGCGAGACCUCCCGCCGGUGGCGCUGGCGAGCAGGUGGCCCUUCCAUGGGCCCAGGAGCGUCCGCCUCUACCGCCCACGGCAGUACUUGCCUGCCUGGAGCCUCCCCCUCUCGGCCGAGAGCUUUCUCUCCCGCCGCCGUCGCUCGGCCGCUGCCCCCCCUCACCCCCCCGCCGCGCACGCCGACCCGCGCAAGUCCCAGCAGGUAUCCUCCCGCGUCCUGGAGUUCGGGCACCGCCACAAGCGUGACCUCCGACCCCUGACCCGCCGGCCCCGUGACCUCGCCUCGAACGUGAACUUGGACAACCUUCUGCGAAACGUUGACGUGGUGGAGCUGCUCGGUCUGCUGUCUCGGGGGGGCGGCCAGGGAGGGCCGGUGGGCGCCGGACCAAUGGGCGCCGGGGCAUUGGGCGCCGGACCAAUGGGCGCCGGGGCAUUGGGCGCAGGGCCGCGGGGCAGGAGUCACCAGCAGGGCUUCGGCACCCUCUCCUACGCGCCCGUGUCCCCUGCGGCGCCCAAGUUCUCGCCGCAACCCCGCGUCUUCCCCGAGUACGAGGAGGACGAGGACGAAGACGCAGGAGAGGAGGCGAUGGGGCCAGGGGCUCGGGGGCAGCAGUGGUAUCCUGUAGUGCCAGCCGGAGGACGCGUCUGGCGGAGGUCCGGUGCCCUGGGGCUGUCUGCUGUGCCGGGCUUCAAGAGGUCGGCUUUCAGGGCCAACAACAUGCAGGCUCAGCGCGCUAGGAACCAAGAUGACGACCUGUACUCCUUGGCCGCAAUGUUGGGAGCCGAGCUCGACCCCGCCACCCACCGCAUCCAACGCGCCGCGAUGUAGACCUGAGGCCCCAAGGGAGGCGUCCUAGGGAUACUAAGGGACCCCUGGGUGUUGACGAGGUCCUCGGGGGAGGGGGGAUGGGAGGUGUCCCUAAAGGGUGACGAUAAUCUCCUGGGGGGCCGGAUAAGGAAGUGGAAGUUGGCCUUGGUCUCCAGGAGUUCGAGGAGCCGGGUGAAGGGGUAGGAAAGGGUCGGGGAAAAGGGUCCUUUUGUGCAAGCGAGGUGCUGGUGGACUAGCUAAGGCUUGGUCUGUAAUCAUAACCUAGAGGAAGAGAUAUGAUGAUGGUAAGGAAGUAGAAGAAAGAUAGACGGAAACAGAGGAAAAACGACCGUGAAUUUAAAUCGUUCUUAUGCUUGUCAUGUGAUGAUUUCGAUGAAUAUAUAUGAAGAUGAUGAAGAAUUAAAGGGAAAGUAGACAGGGAUUGAGGGAAAACGACCGUGAAUCUGGGAUCGUUCUCAUGCCCUUGAUACCCUCACCAACUCAGGGUGCCAGUCGCGUUCCAAACAACAUAAUGUAAUCCUUCUCCAAAAUACGCCCAUCCUGAUCCACGAGCCUUUUUUUCUCACGGUUUAGACAGUUAGUUAACACUUGCUCUGUGAAGCUAAGACCAUCUCUCAUUCAUGAUUUUUUCUUACUCGUGGAUUCUGCCACGUGGGUACUGACCCCCGGGCACGAAUGGGCAUGGAAAGAAUGGCCUGGGAAUCUCGACCCGCCCGCCCCAGGACCCUCAUGUUUGACCCCCCCCCCCACUCCAAGGACCACCGCAGCGCCCCGAGUCAGCCUCUAGGUCUCGUCCGCGCGCCUGGCCUAGCUUCGGUCCUUAAUAUUCCUAAAACAAGAAUAUUGAGAUCCUCGUUCAGUCAAUGUUAGAGAAAACAAACAAAAAAAGAUAAUAAUAAUAAAAUAACAAAAAAAAAAUCAGUAUUACCAAUGUAGGUCCUCCAACAGGCCGUUAGUUAGUGGCUAAUUACAACACAAAGUUUUCAAUAGCAUUAGUAGGUUACAAGUUAUAAUAUUCAUUCAUAACCUGCAAAUGUAUAACACGUAUUCAGAAGUUGCCUUUUACUGCGCAAGGUGAUAAAUAUUUCGUGUUUUAGCUGAGUGCUUC